ACUGUAGAAAAAUAUGGGAGACGACAGGCCGUUUGUGUGCAGUGCCCCCGGCUGUGGACAGAGAUUUACCAAUGAAGACCACCUGGCUGUUCAUAAACUCAAGCAUGAGAUGACAUUGAAAUUUGGUCCUUCCAGAACAGAUUCAGUCAUCAUAGCAGAUCAAACACCAACACCAACACGUUUUCUGAAGAAUUGUGAGGAAGUUGGUCUCUUCAACGAGUUGGCAAGCUCAUUUGAACAUGAAUUCAAGAAAGCCUCAGAAGAUGAUGAGAAAAAGUGUUCUGGACCUCUAGAUAUGUCUCUUCCCUCUACCCCAGACAUCAAAAUCAAAGAGGAAGAGCCUGUUGAAGUUGAUUCUUCUCCUCCAGACAGCCCCAUAGGGAGUCCACAGUCACCACAGCCUAAGGAGAAGGAGAAUGCUUCAAAGCCUAUUAUCAUUUCUACGCCUACACCAACUAUUGUACGUCCUGGAUCUCUGCCACUGCACUUGGGAUAUGACCCCCUACAUCCAACUCUCCCUUCUCCAACCUCAGUCAUCACCCAGGCUCCACCUUCCAACAGACAGCUCGGGUCGCCUACCAGUUCUCUACCACUUGUCAUGCACCUUGUGAAUGGACAGACUAUGCCUGUCCUUCCUGGCCCACCCGUUCAGAUGCCUUCUGUCAUAUCGCUGGCAAGGCCAAUGCCUAUGGUGCCAAACAUUCCUGGUAUUCCUGGUCCCCCGGUUAUCAGCAGCGGCUCAAUUUCACCAUCAGGCUUUCCAGGACACUCUGAAGCUAAAAUGAGGCUAAAAGCCAGCCUGACACAAGGAGUUACUUCCUCACUGAACGGCAGCAGCAUGAUGGUGGGAUCAGCGAGCACAAUGGUGACUUCCCAUCCUGAACAGGGUCAGAUACUUAUCCAGCACCCUGAUGCACCUUCUCCAGCCCAGCCCCAGGUUUCCCCAGCUCAACCCACCCCAAGUACAGGUGGCCGACGGAGACGCACAGCAGAUGAAGAUCCAGAUGAACGUAGGCAGCGCUUCUUGGAGCGGAACCGCGCUGCUGCCUCCCGCUGCCGCCAGAAACGUAAGAUCUGGGUAUCAUCCUUGGAAAAGAAGGCGGAAGAACUCACCACACAGAACAUCCAACUAAGUAAUGAAGUUACAUUAUUAAGGAAUGAAGUUGCGCAACUCAAACAACUAUUGUUGGCUCACAAGGACUGCCCUGUCACUGCAUUACAGAAGAAAACACAAGGUUAUCUUGAAAGCCCCAAAGAAAGUUCUGAGCCCACCGGUUCUCCAGCUCCUGUCAUCCAGCACAGUUCGGUGACUGCAUCUCCCAAUGGGCUGAACGUUCGCUCUGCAGCUGAAGCCGUUGCCACUUCAGUCCUCACUCAGAUGGCCAACCAAAGGACAGAACUGAAUGUGCCCAUGCAGUCACAUGUCAUUAUGGCGCCACAGUCCCAGUCUGCUGGCAGAUGAUGUCGCCAGUUGCAUGGCAUAGAA